AUGGAAGAGAAAGAGAGAGACAUUGAAAAGUGUCAAUGCUAUUAUGAAAUAUUAGGAGUUGAAAAAAAUGCAACAAUUGAUGAUAUAAAAAAAAAUUAUAAAAAAUUAAUAUUAAAUUAUCAUCCUGAUAAAAAUUCAAAUUGUUCAGAAGAAGAAUUAAAAAAGUAUACACAUAUUUUUAGAAAAAUUCAAGAAUCUUAUGAAUGUUUAAUUGAUCAAAAAAGACGGAAAUGGUAUGACAUUAAUCGUAAUAAAAUUAUAAAAGGGAAAGAAGAAAACGAAGAAAAAGAAGAUGAUCAAAAUUAUUCAUAUAGCAAUUAUAAAGUGAAUAUAAAUAUAUGGGGCUAUUUUAAUAAUAACUGUUUUGAUGGUUAUGAUGAUAAUUGUGAAAAAAGUUUUUAUAAUGUUUAUAGAAAAUUGUUUGAAGAUAUUGUAAAGGAAGAAAAUGAAGAAUUAGCAAAAAUUAAUAAGAAUAAAAAUAAAAAUGAUAAUAAAAAUAAAGGCGAUCAAAUUAAUGCUCCGAGUUUUGGGAACUCUAAAACGUCUGGGAAAAGUAUUGAUGAGUUUUAUGAUUAUUGGAAUAAUUUUAGUACUAUAAAAAAAUUUGACUUUUUUAAUGAACAUUUAAAAUCAUACGAAUUUGAAAAUAGACAUACCAGAAGAAAUUUAAAAAAAGAAAGUGAAAAAAAAAGCAUAAAAGAACGAAAAAAUUAUAAUGAAAAUAUAAGAUCAUUAGUACAACAUUUAAAACAAUAUGAUAUUAGAUAUUUAAAUAGAAUCGUAGAAAUUGGGGAAGAAAAAAGAAAAAAAAAUGAAGAAAACGAAAAUAAAAGAAAACGACAAUUGUUAGAAAGAAAAUUAUUAUUCGAAGAACAUAAAAAGAAAUGGGAAGAAGAACAAGCAGGAUAUUAUAAUGAUGAAGAAAUGUUAGAUCAUAAUGAAAAUAAAAGAGAAUUUAUUUUUAAAAAUGAUGAAAAUGAUGAAAAUGAUGAAAAUGAACAUUCAAAUAUAAACAAAACUGAUCAUAUAGAUGAUCUUGUUGAUUCUGAACAUGUCGUAAAAGAAAAUAUUAUUUAUCGAUGUGAAGUGUGUAAAAAGAAUUUUAAAACCAUGAAACAUUAUAACUCACAUGAAAAGUCAAAGAAGCACAUAACCAAUUUUUUGAAAAGCACAAAAAAUUAUGAUUUUAACGACAUAUUUGGUGAACGAAAAUGGCGAAAAUGGCGAAGAUGGCGAAAAUGGCGAAAAUGGCGAAGAUGGCGAAAAUGGCGAAGAUGGCGAAAUGACAGACGAAAUCAAGGUGGAAAAAAAAAAAAAAAAAAAAAAAAAAAAAAAAAAAAUCCCCCUAUUUUUAAUAAUAUAGAAAAUAGUGAAAAUUCUUCACCAAUAGAUUUAAUGGCAAAUGAUGAUUUCCUAUCCAGAUAUGCGAAUAAAAAAAAAAAAAAAAAAUUUAAAUUUUUGGAUGAAGAAGAUAUUGUAAAGGAGAAUAAUUCUUUAAGCAGUUCGGAUGAUAAGAAAAAAAAAAAAAAAAAAGACCAAGAUAACGGUUGUGAAAAGGCAGAAAAAAAUAAAGACCAAGAUAACGAUUGUGAAAAAGCAGAAAAAAAUAAAGACCAAAAUAACAAAUGUAAAGAUAUGGAUACAAAAGAUAAUUCUAAAAAUUUAAAAUGUCAAAUAUGCAAUCAAACUUUUGAUUCAAGAAACAAGCUAUUUGAGCAUAUAAAAACUGAGGGUCAUAUGGCUAAUAAAAUUUGUGUAACCCCCUCUAAAACAAAAAAAAAAAAUAAAAAAAAGGGAGAAUAA